AUGCGGCCUAUUCCCAACAUCGAUCAUUUUCUCAACGACGCUAAUCGCGAAAUCCAGGUCCGACACGAUUCGGUUAUAGAUGGUGCUUUCAACAUAAAGAGAAAGUUCUCCUCACUGUUAACGCAGGCGCGGCAAUUGAAGACGAUAUUGCUGGCCAAACAGGCUGAGCUGGAUCGCUACAUCGCUCAGUAUAGACCUCACCAGUUAUACCCUCAAAGCAUCGCCGAAGAUACUCGGAAAAAGCUCCAAAAGCAAACCUAUAAAUUGCGUCAGUGUAGGAACGAGAACAGGCUACUACGUACCCGAAAUCAAGAACUGGGCAAUGAUUUGGAAGCUGCGCACAAAGAGUUGGAAAAGGUCGAUCACCUGCGGUGCAACAUUUGUAUGGUGGCGUUCAAGAAUGUCGUGGUUCCUAACGAAAUCCGGAACACCAAUGAUGAGGAGACUGAUGUCAUCUCGCUGAGCAGCGACAAGUGA